AUGGCGGCCAAACGACCCAACAUCCUCUAUAUCAUGGCUGACCAGAUGGCCGCGCCACUCCUGUCCAUCCACGACUCCAAUUCGCGAAUCAAAACCCCCAACCUAGACCGAUUGGCAAAGGAAGGUGUCACGUUCGACAAUGCCUACUGCAAUUCUCCCCUGUGUGCGCCCUCCCGCUUUGUCAUGGUGACUGGCCAGCUUCCAUCCAAAAUUGGCGCCUAUGACAACGCAGCCGAUUUGCCUGCCGAUGUUCCCACAUAUGCACACUAUCUUCGUCGUGAGGGUUACCAUACUGCUCUAGCUGGGAAGAUGCACUUUUGUGGUCCGGACCAGCUGCAUGGGUAUGAGCAGCGAUUGACCAGUGACAUUUAUCCUGGAGACUAUGGCUGGUCUGUGAACUGGGAUGAGCCUGAGGUUCGCCCUGAUUAUUAUCACAACAUGUCUUCUGUCUUGGAUGCUGGCCCUGUUGUUCGCACCAACCAGCUCGACUAUGACGAGGAGGUCAUCUAUAAAUCGACUCAGUAUCUGUACGACCACGUCCGACACCGCGGUGAUCAGCCAUUUUGUUUGACCGUGUCCAUGACUCACCCCCACGACCCAUAUGCCAUGACCAAGGAAUUCUGGGAUUUGUACGAAGAUGUCGAAAUCCCUCUGCCCAAAACAGCGGCCAUUCCACAUGAUGAGCAAGACCCCCAUUCACAGCGUGUGUUGAAGUGUAUCGAUCUCUGGGGUAAGGAGAUGCCCGAAGAGCGCAUCAAGGCCGCUCGUCGCGCAUACUACGGAGCAUGCACAUAUGUCGACACCAACAUUGGAAAGCUUUUGAAAGCGCUCGACAACUGCGGUUUGACCGACGAUACCAUUAUUGUGUUUACCGGAGACCACGGCGAUAUGCUUGGCGAGCGCGGCUUGUGGUACAAAAUGACCUGGUUUGAGAACUCUGCACGCGUGCCGUUCAUCGUUCACGCUCCAAACCGGUUCUCUGCCAAGCGCGUCAAGGAGAAUGUCUCGACCAUGGACAUUCUUCCCACAUUCGCAGGGCUGGUGGGAGCUCAGUUAGAGCCUGGCCUACCCAUGGACGGAGUUUCACUGGUUCCUUAUCUGACCGGCGGCGAAGGACUCAAGACCGACACCGUUUUUGGCGAGUACAUGGCCGAAGGAUCCCAGACUCCAGUGAUUAUGAUCCGUCGCGGAAAGUGGAAGUUUAUUUAUUCGUUGAUCGACCCGCCCAUGCUGUUUGAUCUAGAAGCCGAUCCUCUGGAAACCACGAACCUGGCUGCCGGGCUUCCGAUCCCAGCCCCAAAGACCAAAGAAAUUGAGAUCAAAGCCACAGGAUUGCCUACUCCUCCCAACGGCGUGGCACCGGAUGCAGUCACUUUCGUGAGCACGGAGAAGUCAUUCUUCCCAAAGAUCCCAGCUAAAGUGGUCCCUACACCUCCUCGCACCCCCAGUCCCAGUUUCCCUCUUGUCCUUCCCGAGCAAGACGACCCGGAAACUGUCUAUGAACAUUUCAUUGACGAAGUUCACUCUCGCUGGAAUCUGCGCGCCAUCCACGAGGACGUAGUCCGUUCACAGCGUCGUCGUCGUAUCGUGUAUUCCGCAUUGAUCAAGGGCGUCCCGACUAUCUGGGAUUACGAACCUCGCAUCGACCCGAGCACGCAAUACGUCCGCAACCAAAGCAAAGGCAACCUCGACAAUGUCGAAUACCUCUCUCGUUGGCCGCGUGUCGCAAACGCCCCAGCUCCCACGAACCAGUUUUAA